AGCAAUUUCAUUUGGAUUUGAAUCAGACUCACAAUGAAGCGGGUCGAACUGGUGUUGCUGGCCGCUGUGGCUCUAUCUCUCCCUCUGCUCUCCAAUGGUGAAGUGCUGUAUGUCAUGUCUGCUCCCAACCCUCUACGGGUGGGUAGCAUGGAGAGGGUCUUUGUUGAAGCUCAAGAUUACUCAGGGGAUGAUUUCAAUGUCAAAAUCACGGUGAAGAACUUCCCUGCAAAAGAUAAACAGCUCCCAUCUACAAGUGUGUCCCUGAAUUUAGUUAACAAAUACCAGGCACUUAUUGACGUUAACAUCUUGGAUGGACCUGGCUUCUUUGAUGAGGACUACACAGUGAACCAGUAUGUGUACCUGCAAGCUGAGUUCCCAGGCCACCUUCUUGAAAAAGUAGUCCUGGUCUCCUUUCAAACCGGCUACAUAUUUGUACAAACGGACAAAACCAUUUACACGCCAGAAAGUAAAGUGUAUUACAGAGUCUUUGCCUUAAACUCCGGUCUAGAGGCUGUAUCAGAUAUCAUCAAUGUGGAAAUUAUGAAUCCUGAUGGAAUCACCUUAAAGCAGGACAAUUACAAACCAACGAAUGGAGUAAUAUCUGGACACUUCCCUAUCCCAGAGAUCACCAGAAAUGGAAACUGGAAAGUGGUGUCCAACUUCAAGAAUAACCCACAUAAGAACUUCACUGCAGAUUUUGAGGUGAAAGAAUAUGUUCUACCCAGCUUUGAAGUCAUAUUGACAGUGAGCAAGUCCUUCUUCUACGUUGAUGAUGAUGAGCUAUCGGUCAACAUUGAUGCCAGGUACCUGUUUGGGGAGCCUGUGACAGGAUUUGGUUUUGUGGUGUUCGGGGUGAUCCAAGAAGAUGGCAGGACGAGUUUUCCCAGCUCUCUCCAGAGAGUGGAGCUUAGUAAAGGAGUGGGCAAAGCGGUUCUGAAGAAACAGCACAUUAAUGAAACUUUUCCAGACCUCAAUAACCUUUUGCAGAAAUCCCUCUACAUAUCAGUCAAUGUGUUAACAGACACAGGGAGUGAGAUGGUGAAAGCAGAGAAAAAGGGAAUCUUCAUAGUCAAGUCACCGUAUAGCAUUCACUUCAAGAAGACCCCACUGUACUUCAAACCAGGAAUGCCUUAUGACAUCUCGGUGUAUGUGACCAAUCCAGAUGAUUCUCCAGCCAACGAUAUUGAAGUGGAGGCUUUACACAAACACCAACGAGUGCAGGGGAAGACACAUGAAAAUGGUAUUGCCAAAAUGACAAUUAACACGGAUGUGGGCACUGCUGAGCUGCCUAUCACGGUGAAGACCAAAGUCAAUGGACUUGGAGAUGACAGGCAGGGCACACAGAUGAUGACUGCCAAGCCCUAUAAAUCAAAAGACAACUCACAGAACUACAUUCACAUAAACAUCCAUUCUGCAGAGGUCAAAAUCGGAGAGCGACUCAAAGUAGACCUUAGCCUCGGCAGCAGUCCUGCGGCCCAGCAUGACAAACAUGAGAUAACCUAUCUGAUCUUGAGCAAAGGACAGCUCAUUUUCUCCCAAAGGUUAGAGUGGAGGAAGGGACAAGGACUGGUGACACAUUCUCUGACGGUGAACAAGGAUAUGAUCCCCUCCUUCCGGAUUGUGGCAUAUUACCACGUGGGCCAGAAAGAGGUUGUGUCUGACUCUGUGUGGGUCGACGUCAAGGAUACGUGCAUGGGAUCGCUAAAGGUGGAAGCUGUCAGUCCCAGGACUAGUUAUACACCUGGGGCAGAAGUCACCCUGUCUGUCAUUGGUGAUUCAGAGGCCAGGGUGGGACUUGUGGCUGUGGAUAAUGGGGUCUACGUCUUGAAUGACAAAAACCGACUUACUCAGACGAAGAUCUGGGACAUAAUAGAGAAACAUGACACAGGCUGCACUGCAGGGAGUGGAAAGGACAGCAUGGGGGUUUUCUACGAUGCUGGGCUGGUGUUUGCAUCCAACGGUGCAGGGCACACCCCUGAGAGGACAGUCUCCAGCUGCCCUGUCAACUCAAGGAGACGACGAGCAGUGACUAUAAAUGAUGUUGUAACCACACUGGCGAGCCAGUACACAGGCCUGGAGAGACAAUGCUGCAUGGACGGUAUGAGGAAGAACAUUCUAGAUUACACAUGCGAGCGGCGUGCCCAAUACAUCAGCGAUGGAACAGACUGUGUGGAAGCCUUCCUGAAAUGUUGUAGAGAAAUGGCCACCAAACGUGAAGAGGCCAAGACUGACCAGCUCAUAUUAGCCCGCAGUGAAGAAGAGGAUGAAGAUUUCGAAAGUUUUAACGACAUCAUUUCCCGUUCCUUCUUCCCUGAGAGUUGGCUGUGGAAUGAGGAGAGUCUGCCGCUGUGUCCUGACAAUAAGCAGUGUCCUGUGCAUAACAUAAAAAUGACCUUACCGGGUUCCAUCACCAGCUGGCAGAUCACUGCCAUUGGCCUGUCCAAAACACAUGGAAUCUGUGUGUCUGAACCCCUCAAAGUAAUUGUUCGGAAGAACUUCUUCCUUGAUCUGAAGCUGCCCUACUCUGCCGUACGCAAUGAGCAGCUGGAAAUCAAAGCCAUUCUUCACAACUACAUGGAGGAAUCUAUAACCGUCCGUGUAGAACUGAGGGAGACAUCAGACGUGUGCAGCUCUGCCAGCAAGAAGGGGAGGUUCCUUGUUACUGUUAUGGUGGACCCCAGGUCCACACGAAGUGUCCCCUUUGUCAUCAUCCCCAUGAAGCUGGGCCUCCAUACCAUCGAGGUGAAGGCCUCCGUCCGAGAUUGGGGUGGUCGCGACGGUGUUAAGAAGGAGCUACGUGUGGUGCCCGAAGGGGUGCUAACAAGGCUUCAAGUGAAGAAAGUGGAACUGGAUCCCACCAAACACGGGGGGGCGGAUACUGUGCGUGUUAGGAGUGGUGCACUGGCUAACCAGGUUCCAAAUACACCUGCCAGAACACACAUAAGUGUGACAGGUGAGCAGUUGGCCAGAACGAUAGAGGCAGCCAUCAGUGGUUCACCCCUGGGCGACCUCCUUAGACAACCAGGUGGCUGUGGGGAGCAGAACAUGAUAGGCAUGACUUUACCUCUCAUCGCCACACAUUACCUGGACACGACCAAACAGUGGGAUAAGGUGGGAUUAGAACGCAGAAAUCAAGCAGUCAACUACAUUCAAAGAGGUUAUGAGCAAGAACUGGCCUACCGGAAAAAAGAUGGAUCAUAUGCUGCCUUUGAUAAGGAGCCUAGUGGUACCUGGUUGACAGCUUAUGUUGCUAAGGUAUUUGCCAUGGCAAACCCUUUAAUCGUUAUUUCGGAAGAUGUCCUGUGCAGUGCAGUCAAGUGGCUUGUCAUGAAAAGACAGCGACCCAAUGGCAUUUUCGAGGAAACUGGCAAACUCCUACAUCCCACCAUGAUGGGAGAUGUACUGGGGAAAGACGUGGAUGACACCUUGACAGCAUUUGUGCUCAUAACCAUGCAGGAAGCACGCACAAUUUGCAUAAAGUCAGAUGGUAUCAGUAACCUGCCAGAGAGCAUUAAAAAGGCGAAGCAAUACCUAGAAUUUCGGUAUCAACACCUGACCAACCCUUAUUCAGUGGCUAUGACCUCAUACGCCCUGGCUAACGAGGGCAAGCUCAACCCGUUUAUCCUAUUCAAACACUCAUCUAGAGACCGGACCCACUGGCCUGUUUCAGAGAACCACCUUCUCACUCUGGAGGCCACAGCUUACGCCCUCUUGGCCCUGGUGAAGGCCGGUGAAUUCCAGGAAGCUGGUCCCAUCGUUAGGUGGCUCAAAAGCCAGGGUUUUCAAAGAGGAGGUGACUCAUCCACUCAGUCCACUAUCAUGGUGUUCCAGGCUGUGGCAGAGUACAUGGCGAAAGCAGGAAAAGUAAAAGACAUUGAUCUGAAUGUGAACAUUAAUAUCUCAGGGAGAUCUGAUGUCGUCAAGUGGUCAUUUAGCAAGAGUACCGCCUUACUCACACGCACCGACAAGGUCCAGCUGCAUGAUAACUUCACAGUAACUGCCACAGGAACUGGUCUUGUGGAAUUAUUGGUUAAAACCAUAUACUAUGCCAUGCCCAUAGAGAAGAACCAAGACUGCAAAAACUUUGUGCUUGAUGUGGAACUAAUAAAGCAGGCUAAAGUUGCACUCAACGGAGCCCAAGAGACAUAUAUGCUCCACAUUGACGUGUUGUUUAAAUCUGACAGAAAUGCCACCAUGACCAUUUUAGACAUCAGCUUGCUGACUGGCUUUGUAGUUGACGUUGAGGAUCUGAAACAGUUGUCAACCGGGACGGAAAGGUACAUUCAGAGGUUUGAAAUGGACAAAAAGUUGUCAGAGAGGGGCUCCCUCAUCAUCUAUCUUGUCCAGGUUUCUAAUAAACUAGCAGACAAGGUGGCGUUCAGAAUACACAAGGUACAAGAUGUAGGUCUGCUUCAACCCGUCGGAGUCACCGUUUAUGAAUACUAUGCUCAAGAAAACCGCUGUGUGAAGUUCUACCACCCAAAUAAGAAGGACGGAACCCUGAACAGGCUUUGUAAGGAAGAUGUGUGCCGUUGUGCUGAAGAGAGCUGUAGCUUCCAGAAGAAACAUGGAGACAAGAGUAAAGUGAAAUUGUUGGACAAAGCCUGCGAAGCUGGAAUGGAUUAUGUUUUCAAAGCCUCCUUGGUUAACGCAACACUGGAGUCCUACACCGAUACAUACCUAAUGGAAAUAAAAAGGAUUAUCAAAGAAGGCACUGACCUUCUGUUGGACGGGGAAAAGCGCUUGUUCCUGGCCCACCCCUCCUGUAGAAAGGCACUGGAUCUGGAAGAAGGCCAGAGCUACCUGCUCAUGGGAGACAGGGCAGCUCUUAUCCAGAGUGGUGACAGAUUCGAGUACGUAUUGGGUGAGCGGACAUGGAUCGAAUCCUGGCCCACAAGUGAUGAGUGCAAUAUCCAGGGUCCGACCAGGGAAAGAUGUUUGGAAAUCAAUGACUUUGUUCACGUAAUGGAAAACGAAGGAUGUGUAAACUAGAGUGAACAUGUGUUAUUCUGUUUUCAUUUGUCACAGUUACAUUUUUUCCUUGCAAAAGAAUGUCUGCACCAACUGUAGCCUAAAUUAGCGCUGUACUUGUCAAUUAAAAUGCUUUGUUCGUUGUACUGGAAGAUAAUUGCAAAGAAAAAAAAACAUGAAUAAAGAUGUUAUUCCAA